AUCUUUUUUGCCAGAGUAUAAAAUAGUGAUGCUGACACAUCAUAGUGCACAUCAGACCUGAAUCAUGAUGCUCCUGACCUUAAUCACCAUUUCUGCUCUUCCUCUCCUCUUACUCAGUCGUGGAGGGAUGUGUGAGGAGAUAAUUGGAGGUAGAGAGGUUGCUCCACAUUCAAGGCCUUAUAUGGUCUAUCUUAGUGCCGACUGUGGAGGAGCUCUUAUUAAGGAGAAUUGGGUCCUGACAGCAGCACAUUGUCACAGAAAUGGGUUUGUGCAGGCAAUACUUGGAGCUCAUUCCAUUAAUGGAAAUGAAAAGGAACAGCAAAUAAUCGAAGUAGAAGAGCAAGUGGUCCAUAAACACUAUGACAACUCAAACUAUGCUAAUGACAUCAUGCUGGUAAAGCUGAGCAAGAAAGCCACCAUCAAUCAGUACGUACAGAUGCUUCCACUGCCUACCAGUGAGGUGGACCCCCCAGCAGGUACCACCUGCAGCAUCGCAGGAUGGGGGAGAACUGAAUAUCAUGGGAAACCAGCCGAUGCACUUCAAGAAGUUACUGUCAAGGUUAUAAGUAGACAAGAAUGUAAUAGAAGAGAUUCUUACAAUGGGAAAGUAACACCAAGCAUGAUGUGUGCAGGAGAACGCAAUGGAAGAAAGGAUGUCUGUACUGGUGAUUCAGGAGGUCCGCUAAUAUGUAAUGAGAUUUACACAGGCAUCGUUUCCUUUGGUGUUGAAUGCGGGAAGAAAAACUUUCCAGGAGUCUAUACUCGCCUCACUGAUGACUAUCUACACUGGAUCAAGAGAGUAACACAAUACUGAAAGAUUUUGUUGUUUUUGUUUUACAAUUGCAAGAAGUGCUAUUUUUUUCUUUUAGUUUAUGCAACAGAUUUCAGAGUCACAAAUAAAUUUAUUUGAAUAUAUGUAAACAGUAUUUUACACUGCUGCAUGAUAUACUUCAGUGAAUUCAUCCGUCUUGAUUCACAUCUACACAAAGGCUGUAUUUAUACUGCGACAUAGUGCUUAAGUGGACAUUCUCUGUAAGCUACAGGUCAUAAUGCCUAAGAAUUAAGACCAGAACAAAUUCAUUUAGAAAAAAAAAACUCAAUAAAAUUUGAAAGAUAUUAAAAUGUUUUAUAAAGGAUACUGAAAAAUGUCCAACUACUGUUAAAAUAAAACUAAAAAUUAGACAUGAGACCAUACAUAUAUCUCACAAUACAACUCAUAAUGUGAUUGAGGCUUCACAAUUACAGAACUGUUUGUGAAAAAAUAAAAUGUAAUUUAUUUAUUUGAUAACUUCCAUUUUAUUUAUUUCAUUUUGACACAAAUGGUACUCCAUACAAUGAAGUUCCCCUUGGGAUUAAUAAAGUAUCUAUCUAUCUAUCUAUCUAUCUAUCUAUCUAUCUAUCUAUCUAUCUAUCUAUCUAUCUAUCUAUCUAUCUAUCUAUCUAUCUAUCUAUCUAUACACAAUACAGUAUUCCCCCGAUCUGAAGUUGUCAUAAAAGAAAUGCAUGUUUAGUGUUACUUAUUAUCAGACAUUCAUAAACCAAAACACUGCAAAGUAUAUUAAAAUUUGUACAGAAAUGCACACGCUUUAAUAAAAAUUUUUGCAAGCUUUUUCUUUUUAUCAAAAUAAAAUAAUCUUAAAUAUUUACAUAAAAUAUUUGAAGCACAAUAACAUAAUAUGUAUUGCACGUUAAUUGGCACAUUCAAGUAAGAAUUUCACUGUACACUGUAGUUGAGACAAUAAUGGCCAUAUUUAUUCAAAUUUAAAUAUAUCGUUUUGAUUUCUGGGUAACAUCAAACAUUGCUCAAACAAUGGCUGUCCUUUUAUUUCCCUCUUGAAUGUCUUACUGACCCUGUUAGCUGUGGUCCUGACUAGAUCAAUGAAAAACGUUUAAUGUUAUCUUUUCUUUCAAGAUUGUCAUCUCUCUGCAUGAAGCUGAGAACUCCCCUCAGUAUCUCCUGGAGCUGAACACACUCACUCACUGGCUACAGACAUAGCAAAGUCCGACAUGUGAUAUGAGCAUAAUAGCAAGCUUUGGGAAUUCGGCUGCUUUCUCUCUCAAUGCUAGAGGACUGUUUGGAGCAAUGCUGUAUAGUUCCUCCUUGCUGUAAUCUACCCCUACUCUGAAUUUGUAUUGAUGUUUUGAGCACUCGUUCUCAUAUCUGUGGCUUGUGAGAGUUGCCAUUUGAGUGUAUCUCCUAAGAACUGCUCCAGUACUAUGAUAAGUUUAUGCUUUGGCAGUCCCAGUAGAGUUCAGUUUGAAAACAAUCCUGUGGAUGCAGUGGUACACUGAUGGAGCAAUGUUGCGAUUCAAUGUACUUGUCCAAGGAUGUGAUUCAAACUGCGGUCCCAGCCGAAUUUCAUAUACAGUGACACCUCUGUUGUUCAUUCACCACCAUCCAGACGCUGACUAACGGUUCUGCCAAAGUGCAGUCCGUUUGGCUUCAAACAUUAUUUCUUGUUUUUCAAUUACAUUUUUAAAUUCCCUGUUUUUGACAGAAGACAUUUUAGUUUGCCUUUGUGUUACAAUUCAGUUAUGUGGUAUGUCCUAAACACACGAUACAAGACCAUAAUUCAUAUUGGCAGCAUUUUGUAUCUCAUAUUCUAUACAACAAAAUGUUGUUGUGUCAUGCUUACUGAAAUUAGAUCAUCUGACCACUUUAUUAAAUGUAUGUGAGGUUUGUAUCAAAUGUAAUCUGCUGAUUAAUUUUAGAGUUUAGUAAAGAUAUGAUUAGAAAAUCAGUUCUAUCAACCUUUACACACCUUAAUCAAACAUUUUCCCCCCAGUUGUAGAUGUCCAAAGUUCUCCUUGAGGUUGAACUCUAAUCAUGCUUUGCCUGAACAGCCUAUUUUCUCUGGUUGACAUGCAUCAGUUCUCAAUGAUUGUUACUUUGUUGAUCUUCAAUGAGCUUCUUUAUGGGAGACCACCAUGUUUAAAAUGCUUUACCUAUCAUCUAGCACAGUUAAAACCUAUCCAGACAACUUAGUAUGAACGAAUGACAAUUAAGACGAUUCCCUUCUUCACAAGAAACCUGACGACACACAUUGUUGAAACAACAUAUCUUUGUUAGUCUUUUUCUCUCAUUGAACAAUGAUUAGCUGACUGUUGAUGUGCUCAUUACGUCUGGUAUGAUGGCUGUAGGACUAAGGCAAGCUAAAGACCGGCAUUAUAAGCGAUGGACCAAAAGAGAGUGACUGUAGCAAGAGGAGCAGAGCUGCAAUACUGACCCUGAGGUAUAAGCAACUCAUUAACCCAUGUUCAUUUUGAUGAUGGAAUAUUUAGAAGUGAUCCAACUUCCAACACCAUCAAACUUUAUAGGGAAGAAUAUUGAUGGGGUCACUUAUGGUGUAGGGGGGUGCUAGAUAUGACUUUCCAUAGCAGCUUUUUCAAGGGAGCAAUUAUGCAUCUUAAAAAAUGUUUAUAUAUUACACCCCAGGACUAAGAAUUGUUUAACUGAGUAUCUUUUUGUUUGUGCUUUAAUUCACUGAGCAUUUAAUGCUAAUGAUUUCUGCAACAUUUAUUGCAUUUUUAAAGCAACAAUUGUGUAAGACUGUAAGCACAAUAUGUAUUCUAUAUUGGCUUUAAUUGUUUUAAUAAAAUCAUUCAGAAUGA